AAAAAUAUAGAGUAAAUCAUCAUAAUCCAGUAAGAGAAAAAAUAUGGCAUCCAAGGUUGGGUUUCUAGGUUUUGCAGUCUUGGUAGUCGUUUUAUUGUGUAACAGUACUAUUGGAGUUUCAGAAUCGUUUGACAGUAGAACUGGAGUUUCAGCAUUGUGUGACAGUACUAUUGGAGUUUCAGCAUUGUGUAACAUUAAUAAUGGAGUUUCAGCUAAUGGAUGUGAUGCUGAUAUCCAGGGACUGGUCUCUCAGUGUGCUCCUUUUGUCUUCAAGGCAGCACCAAAGACACCCCCAACUCAAGGAUGUUGCGAUGUUAUUCAGAAGGCUGAUAUUCCUUGUGUCUGUCAAUAUAUUACUCCUGAGAUCGAGCAAGUUGUUAGCAUUGAGAAAGUGAUUUAUGUUGCUCAAUUUUGUCACAAGGAUCUUCCGCGUGGAACCAAAUGUGGAAGUGUUAGUAUUCCUCCAGCCAUGAAAAGAAACUAAUUAAGAGAGGAACCCAAGAUAAAUAAGAUGGAGAAUUUCUAUUAUUCUGAUUAUUAUUGUAUCAAUCUGGUCACGUACUUCCAUCAAUUAAUAAUUUCAAUGUUUGAGUGAAUGAAUGAUUUCGUUUGGAUAUUGCAACUCAUUGGUAAUUCUACUAAUGUUUUCUAC